CUUCUUCAGAUCACCGUUCUCCCUGAAAGAAGGGAAAUAGAAAGAUUACACCUUUUAUUUCCACUUCUCACCAAACAAAACUCCGCGCUAAAUCGAGAUGACAGCACUCCGAAGAUCUGACACCUUAUAGUCUGGAGGAUCACUUACAAGCCACUUAGCUGAAAUUUGAUAUCUUGGACGUCCUACACAGUCCGCAUGCCCUUUAAGCGUUUCGAAAGUAGGUGUUCUGGAGGGAUUCCAGGGGAAUUUGAGAUGAGCUUGAUACUCUGAUACUGCACCAUUAUUAGACGAGACCUAGCAAAUGCCACACGGGAGGAACGGUGCACCUGAUAGUGCCAGCGUUCCAGGAAAAAUGCCAGCAAAUCAAGUUGCUGCUGCUGGUGGCGGCAAGCCUCCUCCUUUCUGGGCAAAUUGGGGAGAGCAGUGGAACAACACCAGCCAGAACAUGAGGAAAAAUGCAUCCACAUGGGUGCGAGACAUGGAGGGCAAGGCGAGGACAGUGAAGAUGCCAAAGAUGGAGAUGCCAGUGCAUGUGGAUGUGGACUUCCUCAACCCCUUCAUAACAUCCGUGAAGAGGACAGCGUGGGACACCUGGCGGAGAUUGCCACCUCAGGCACAGCUUGCGCUCCCUUUCGUGGCAACGGGCGCCACCACAGGUCUCAUAGUGGGAAAAAUACAGGGAGGCAGAAUCCGGAAACAGAGAGAGCGGAUUGGGGAGUUGGAGGCGCGCAUAGAGUCCCUGCUCAAUGAGCGGGACACCCUGAAGGGCAGAAUACAGCAGCUGAAGGCCAAAGCAUUGGCGCCAAACAGUGCAUCUGAGAUGCGCAUGGCUCAUGCGGUGGCGGAGGCGACAGCGGCCGCGGCUGCUGCUGCAUCUGCGGCGGCCUCAGCAGCGUCUGCCUGCCAGGUGACAGUUUACCGGCCGCCACCACCGCGGCUGCGCCCCCAGCUGCAAGGGGCACCCAUUAAGCAGCAGCCCUCAUAG